CCGGUUCUCAACCGAGUAUUUCGUAACCUAUAGGAGCAGAAGACCAAGUUCAAGAGAAGUAGUGGUCACUUUGUUAUUCGUUUCGAUUAACGAAGGAGAAAGUCAAAAUUUCAUAAUGGAUGACAAUGAUCAAGACCAUUUAAUCGAGGACGAUUAUUACACGUUCCUAAAUAUCCCAAAAAACGCUACACAGGAAGAGAUCAACUCUGCGUAUCGUACGCAGAGCAAACUCUAUCAUCCUGACAAACAUGUGGACCCAAUACUCAAGAAAGAAGCGGAAGUUCUAUUUAAUCGUACUAAAGCAGCUUAUAAAGUUCUAAGUAAUCCUCAUCAUAGGGCUAUUUACGACACUGUGGGAAUUAGAGGACUGAAAACUGAAGGAUGGGAGAUAGUAGAACGUACUAGAACGCCUCAAGAAAUCAGGGAGGAAUAUGAAUAUCUUGCGAGAGAAGCGCAAGAGAGAAAAUUACUGAGCCUCACAAAUCCUACUACGAGCAUUACAAUGAAUAUCAAUGCGACAGAUCUUUUUAACAAAUAUGAGAAAGACCCUGAGGAUAGCAGGGACAUGCUUUCACGCAUAGAAGUCAGUGGAAUGUCGUUUACACAGUCCAUUGAAGCACCUCUUACUUUACAAGACAUUGUAACAUUGUACGGACAAUUAAACACAAGAAAUGGUACAGGAUCCGGUUCUGUAAACGUGUCAGCAAAGCGAUUGCUUUCAUCAAAAGGUUGGGUUGAGUUAGAAGUCGGUGCGGGAAACGGGCCGAUGAUAUCGUUCAAAGGUUUUCGUAUGCUACCUUAUAAAGUGCUAUUCAACGGGGCAACGAUACUAGAAUUCACUCCAUUCGAAAUUAAGGCUAGUCUAAUAGGCCGACUCACAAUGCAAUUGGAUACCCAUACGAUGGGAGAACUUACAUAUAAUGCGGGCCCAGAAAGUUCCAUGAGUACUAGUAUCGUCAGAGAUACAGCGAGAACUUAUACAUCAUUUUCUUUACACCUUGGCAUUCUACAGUCAUUCGUUAAUUUUACUUAUAUAUACAAAAUGCACGAAAAAGAAAUGAAGCUACGUGGCAGCGUAAGAGCUGGCACAUUUGGAUUGGUCGUGGAGUAUGGAGCGGAAAAAAAAAUUUCGCGACACACAAAACUAUCCGCAGUCGUAAGCGCAGGAGUGCCAACGGGAGUCAUGUUAAAACUCAAAUUAAAUCGUUCUUUUCAAACCUACGCGUUCCCGAUUCACCUUAGUGACGAAGUUCUUCCAGCUACUGUGUUUUAUGCUACCGUAGUCCCAUUAAUGACAUGGGUUGUGUUGAAAAAGGUUGUGAUAGAUCCUAUGGUAAAGAAACGAGAAGAACGCGAGAAAGAAAAAGAAAAGGAGGUAAACAAGACGAGAAUGAUGGAAAAACAAAAAGAAGCAGAAAGCGCAACUAAAUUGAUGAAAGCCACUGUGAGCAGGAUAAGAGCUACGGAAGAAUCAAAAAAGGGCUUGAUUAUCACAAAAGCUCUUUAUGGAAGAUUCGUCUAUCCCCAACAAAAUCAAUAUAACUCAGAACAGCAAAGUAUACGUAGAGAUGAAGUAAUAGACGUAACUGUUCCUUUACAAUGUUUAGUAAAGGAUUCGAAGUUAAUCCUUUAUGAUGCAUCUAAGAGUGAACUGCCAGGAUUUUAUGAUCCAUGUGUAGGAGAAGAGAAACAAUUAUUAAUACAAUAUUUAUUUCGUAAUCAAACACAUGAAUGUAUAGUCAAAGACAAUGCACCAGUCAGAAUACCUUUACCAUCUCAUAAAGUGAAUACAACAUGACGCUUGCGCCAUUAUAAGAAACCGAAGUAAAGUCAUCAUGAUUUAUGAUGAUA